AUGUCCGCCGACGCCGCCCUCGCGGCCGCCACCCAGGAGAAGCUCGCCGUCGCUCUCCCCACUCUCUACAUCGACGAGAAGACCGGCUCCGACGACACCGGCAAGGGCACUGAGACUGCUCCCUUUGCCACUGCCGUUGCUGCCUACCUCUCGGUCGUCCCCACCGCCGCUGCCACCGACAAGGACCCCCUCUCCGUUGUCAACGUCCUUACUCGCAAGCAGGAGGGUGACGAGCCCGCCACCUGGGCCGAGCUCUCCGGCGCUGCCCGCAAGAAGCUCGCCAAGGGUGUCGACGCUCAGCGCAAGAAGGCUGCCAAGCUCGCCGCUGACGGUGAGCGCCUCGAGCGCGAGCGCGCCGAGAACGAGGCUCGUCAGGCCAAGCUUCGCGCCGAGGCCGCUGAGGUUGUCCUCGUCGAGGAUGCCAGCAAGCCUGAGGCCAAGUCGCUCAAGCUCUACCAGCUCCCUGAGCAGGUUGGCGAGCGUGUCCGUCUCCAGGGAUGGGUCCACCGUCUCCGUCAGCAGAAGACCAACUUCUUCGUCAUCCUCCGUGACGGUUCGGGCCCCCUUGCCCAGCUCGUCCUCUCGGGCGACUGCAUUCGCACCCUUGACGCUCUUGACCUGACCGUCGAGUCCACCAUUGAGGUUACUGGUCUGGUUACCAAGGUCAAGGAGGGCCAGUCGGCUCCCCAGGGCCUCGAGAUUGUUGUCGACUGGUGGAAGAUCAUCGGCCGUGCCCCCGCCGGUGAGGACGCCUUUGAGGGCCGUAUCCACCCCGACAUGGACUUUUCGAUGCGUGCCGACCUCCGCCACCUCGAGCUCCGUGGUGAGACUGCCACCGCGGUCAUGCGCUUCCGUGCCCUCCUCCUCCGCCAGUUCCGCGAGUGGUUCUACCAGAACCGCACCACCGAGGUUACUCCUCCUUGCAUGGUCCAGACCUCGGUUGAGGGUGGCUCGACUCUCUUCUCGUUCGACUACUACGGUUCACCCGCCUACCUCACCCAGUCGUCGCAGCUCUACCUCGAGACUGUCCUCCCCUCGCUCGGCGACGUCUACUGCAUCCAGGAGUCGUUCCGUGCCGAGAAGUCGCUCACCCGUCGCCACCUUUCCGAGUACACCCACCUCGAGGCCGAGCUCGUGUUCAUCAAGUUCAAGGACCUCCUCGACCACCUCGAGAACUUGAUUUGCGACGUUGUCGAGACCCUCAUGGCCGACCCCAUUGCCUCGGAGAUUGUCAAGCAGCUCAACCCCGAGUUUGUCGCCCCCACGCGCCCCUUCAUGCGCCUCGACUACCGCGAUGCCAUCAAGUACCUCAACGAGCACGGCAUCACCAAGGAGGACGGCACCGACCACGUUGUCGGUGACGACAUUGCCGAGGCCGCCGAGCGCAAGAUGACCGACCAGAUCAACCGCCCCAUCAUGCUCAUCAACUUCCCCAAGUCCCUCAAAUCCUUCUACAUGAAGGCUAUCCCCGGCGACGAGGAGUUCACCGAGUCGGUCGACGUUCUUGUCCCCGGUGUCGGCGAGGUUGUCGGUGGUUCCAUGCGUAUUUCCGACUUUGACGAGCUCAUGGCCGGCUACAAGCGCGAGGGUAUCCCCCACGAGCCGUACUACUGGUUCACCGACCAGCGCAAGUACGGUACCACCGAGCACGGUGGUUACGGUCUUGGUGUUGAGCGUCUCCUUGCCUGGUUCCUUGGCCGCUACACUGUCCGUGAAUGCUCCCUCGUGUACGCCAAAACUCGACGGGUACUGCGACACCAUCUGCUCACCGCCAUCUCUGUCGCUUAA